AUGUUUUAUUUAGAUCCUCACAAUGUGUUGUACGCAAGUGGAUGCUUUAUUGCGUCCAUUUGUACUCUCUGUGCAUGUAGAAAUAGGGAUUUAUUUCCUCAUAUCAGUGAAAAUAAACAAAUAGGUAAUUUGUAUCGGCUUCUAAACAUCCACAAGUAUGAAUCCUUUAACAUUAUAAUUCAAAUUCAUCACAUCAAUUUAAAGAUGGGUGAUGAGGACAACAGCAAGUACAUUGUUCAUUUGAAGAUCGGGAAUCGAUAUUCCUACACCCACUACUACAAGCAGUACCUCAACAAAAUACACAUAGAAGAAAGAAAAAACAUGGUAGUCAAACAAAACAAUGACACAAUAAGAAUCGAAGUAUACAGAAAAGGAACACUUAAAAAUACAUUCAUCGGAUCAGCUGAUCUUCAUAUCUAUACAGACAUUGUAAAAAAAUUAUUUCCAUGUAAUGCUUAUUUUAAUAUAGUUAAUAAAAAUCAAAUAGUAGCAACGACGUGUCUAUCUUUUCAUUACAUUAACUUAGACUGUAUAAGGAAGGAAGACCAAAUUUACACAUCUUUAUUUAUUGAAACGAUUAUAUCUGUUCAGAAAAAUCAGAGUAGAAAUAAUGAACUCAUUGAAAAACUCAUAAAUGCAGGAAGGGAACAUUUCGAAGCCAUUAAAGAAACAGAUGUCAGCUCGACCAUAUACAAUAACAUUUCAUCCCUUGCUAUUGAAGAUAAAAUUCGUCUCUUUUGCAAAAACUUGAAUGGCUAUUUGUUGCAUAGCAAUUUUUACAUAAAGAGGUUCUACAACAAGUAUUAUUUUUAUAUGCACUUUUUUAAGGGAAAAUUCUACUGGUGCUACUAUAAUGAGGAGGCUGAUGCGAAGGUUGAUAAGAAUAGAGUUGGAUACAUAAGACUAGAAUACGUGAUGAACGUAUAUAGCGAUGUGUAUAGCCACAAGUAUUUCUACAUCAAGUAUAAAAAAAAACGAGAAAAAAAAGAAAACUAUAUGUACCUAAAAACUAUGGAUAAAGACAGAAAUAUAUGGGUGAACAUCAUUCAUGACUUUAUCAUACUGAUUAGUAAUUAUAGACGUGAAAAAAAAAAUAGAAAAAAUAAAAUCAAAGAACUAACAAAUAAUUAUGCUGAAGGGGCAUCCAAGGAAAUUAUCGAAAUUAAUAAACAAUUAUCUCGUUCUUUCUCAAACAAUUCUAUAAAAAAUAAAUAUCUGAACAAAAAAAAUAUAGUUGAUACUUUGAGUAACGUUGAUAAGGACGAAAAUCAUACCAAUGUUCAUGAGCUCGAACACGACUUGAAGAACAUUUCUCAAAAUAUGUGCAAUUACAGCGAUUAG